CUGCUGGUGGCCCUGCGGAAGUAGUUCCGGGUGUUAGCGCGCGGGUUCCCGGAUGUAAUGGUUGAUUUGCUUGCGGAGAUUGGGGUAUACCGAAUUGACCGUCACUGUGGUAGUACUUGUACUGAAGGAGUGUAGUACUGGAUAGCUCAAGUGACAGCAGUUGUGGGGACUGUAUUCUCUGGGGAGGACAGGCCUGGAGCAGCUGGCAGUAUUCUGGUAUCCAAUGGGGACAGGUGUAAACUAUUUAUUAGCAGUGGUCCGUUAUCACCGCAGACUAGUGUUUACUAGAGACAGUAAGAGAAGGCUGGACCUGAGCUUUUACUGCAGACUGAAGUGCUUUUUGUCACAUUGGAACUCACUGCGUGCAAAUUGUUUUAAGAACUGAUCAGGAUCCAAAACCCUUUUAAUUCCUCGUUAAGGAAAACUGUGCACUUGCAGGAUGACAUCGGAACUGGAAAGCAGUCUGACCUCCAUGGACUGGCUUCCCCAACUUACUAUGAGGGCAGCCAUCCAGAAAGCUGAUGCAUCCCAGAAUGCACAUGGGACUGGUGUAGGCAAGAAGAAUGCACUUCUGGACCCUAACACUACCUUGGACCAGGAUGAGGUCCAGCAACACAAGGAUGGAAAGCCUCCAUACAGCUAUGCUAGCCUUAUCACUUAUGCUAUAAAUAGUUCUCAAAAAAAGAAAAUGACUUUAAGUGAGAUUUAUCAGUGGAUUUGUGAUAAUUUUCCGUACUACAGAGAAGCAGGAAGUGGCUGGAAGACACAACCUGUCACUGAAUAAGUGUUUCCUUAAAGUGCCUCGUUCCAAGGAUGACCCAGGAAAAGGGUCUUACUGGGCAAUAGACACAAAUCCAAAAGAAGAUGCACUGCCUUCUCGGCCAAAGAAGAGGCCACGGUCUGGAGAAAGAGCCUCUACACCUUAUAGUUUAGAUUCUGAUUCAUUGGGAGUGGAUAGUAUUAUCUCUGGAAGUGCCUCUCCAACACUGGCUAUCAACACUGUGACAAGUAAAGUUUUGUAUAAUACAGAUCAGGAUGGGAGUGACAGCCCACGCAGUAGCCUUAACAAUAGUCUGUCUGACCAGAGUCUGGCAUCUGUUAAUUUGAACAGUGUUGGCAGUGUACACAGCUACACGCCGGUAUCAAGCCAUUCAGAGCCAGUCUCUCAGACCUUAACAAUUCAACAACCGUCUCAGUACAACAUGCCAGAAAGAGAAAAUACAAAACUCCUUUUUACAGAGUAUAAUUUUGAAGAUCUUAGUGCCUCAUUUCGAAGCCUUUAUAAAUCUGUGUUUGAGCACUCUCUUAGCCAGCAGGGUUUAAUGAAUAUGACAUCGGAUUCAGCACAACAGAGUCAGACAUCCUGCUCGUACCAGCAUUCUCCAAGCAGCACAAUAAGCUCCCACUCACACAGUGGCCAGAACAGCUUAACAAACAGCCAUGCUAGCAGCCUAAGCACUACUGGAAGUGGUCUUGGUGCUCAGGUUCCACUCUCACACCCUCCAGUGCACACACAGCAGUCACCGCUCACAUCCCAUCGGCAGCAUAACCUAUCACAUCAGCACUCUCAGCAGCAUACAAAGCAUACUCCUCACCAGCAUGCUCAACAACACACUGCACAGCACUCCCAGCAACACCCCUCACCUCAGACGCCUCAUCCUGUUCAACAUCAACAUGUGCAGCAUCAGCAAAACCAUCAACCUUUAAGCCAUCAGACACAUCCUUCACAACAGCAGCUGCCUUGCAGCCCUGGUGUCCUCACUGACUGGUAUGCAAAUCUUGAUGUGCUAAAGGAAAGCUGUCGUAUUGCCACUAGUUUCAAUUGGUCUGAUGUGGACCUGUCACAGUUUCAAGGUCUAAUGGAAAGCAUGAGACAAGCAGACCUCAACAACUGGUCUUUGGACCCAAGCCAGUUUGCUGAUCUUUGUUCCUCCCUUAAUCAGUUCUUCACACAGACUGGCCUUAUCCAUUCACAAGGAAGUGUGCCGCCUUCUCCAUGCCAUAACACCAUGCACAACUCCAAAUCUUCCCAGCAUAUCACUGCAGGAAAUUUAUACAUAGACUCCAGGCAAAAUCUUCCUUCUUCAAUGAUGACCCCCCCAGGUUACCCCCAUAUCCCGUCGCUCAGCACCCCAGGGCCGACUCUGACAGGACAUCAUGCAACAGUGAAUCAGCACCACAUAAUUACACCUGUGAAUUUCCACAUGCGAAGGCCUCUUCCUGCUGAUGAUAUACAGGAUGAUUUUGACUGGGAUUCUAUUGUGUAGGUCUGUUAAAACUGCAAAAGAAUUUUUGACAGAAAUUGGCUUGUAUGGAUCGUGCCCAGGGUCAGGAGGAGUUUUAAACUCCAGUACAAGACACUUGUGCAGAACAGAGCCUGCAGAUCUGAAAAAGCUGUAAAAUUACUACAGAAAUGGACUUUGGAGACAAUCAGAUUUUUGGCUGGAUAAUUUAAAGUUAAUGCUUUUAUUUGACUUGAGGCAAAUAGUACAUGUUUGUCAUGUCUCUUUCCCUCCGCAAGCUGCCAUAGAUCCUAACUUUGGUUUGGACUGGCUUUUCAGCUUCUAGCUUACUCGUGUUGACCAGUGUUGGAUUGGCAGGGAGGCCAGACUGCCAUCUGGACAAGGACCCUUCAUUUCAAGCACAUUUUUAUUUAAAGUUGCAAACUUUGAUUUUAUAAGAAAUUACUUUGAAAAAAGUUCUUUGACUUUUGUCUUAACUGGACCCCAGAUGCCUCAAAAAUAUUUCCUAGGUAAACGCUAGUUUUAUUUGUAGCCCUUAUGAAAUACACUUCUAACUUUAAAGCUGCAUCACACUGGGAAUUAUGUCCCAUUUUUGCAAAAGAUUCUGAUAUGCAGGACUUUGUCAUUUGUUUUACAUGUUGAUUAUUGAUUGACCUAACUUCAUAAUUGCAGUGCCACUGAUUGUGAAACAUGUAUGUGACUUUUUAAGUAAGGAUAGUCAGUCUGAAGACAAUUUUGUGUCAUAAAGAAGCACUUUAAACAUCAUCAGCAGUUAUUCUCAUUAAAUCUGUUCCUUUGCUGUCCAGAUAAAGGCUAGGGUAAGUAAGUAGUGACUUGGGAUCCACUAGUUUGAAGAGAAGGUAAUAUUGCAUUGUCUUAUCCAUUGUGAAGCUAUUGUUAGUCAUGGUUAUAAUUUCUGACUGAGGUAUGUUAUGAAUUUGAAAACUCCUAUGUCUGCAUACAGCCAUGUAGACCUGGAUCUGCCAGCAACAUGUUUUCACUUGAAUAGUGUGGUUGAGAAGCACAGUUACAUUUUGUUGUUCUAGAGCUGCUGUCUCAACUUCCCUGCUGUUCUGAGCCCCUUCAUCCCCAGUGUCCAAGAAAACUGGUGAUAUAACCAGUAGUAGUCCUGAGAUCCUCACAUACACACACUUUUAAUGUUUCCUAUCUUCUCUGUAGUCCUCCUGUCAGUGAAUUUCGUUGAAAUAUAUUUCAGAAGCAUUCUGUGCCUGUCUAGUAAACAGUUAAAAUUUU